AUGUCACGCGUUGCUCUCGUCACUGGUUCCAAUAAAGGUAUCGGAUACGCCAUAGUAAAGGCUUUGUGUCAAAAAUUUGACGGCGUUGUUUACCUUACCUCUCGUUCCGAAGUCCUCGGCAAAGCAGCUAUCAAUAAACUAAACAAACUUGGACUUCAACCCGAAUAUCAUCAACUUGACGUCACGAAUAGAGAUAGUGUUAUCGCGCUUAGAGAUCACAUAGCAUCGAAACAUGGAGGUUUAGAUAUUCUCAUCAAUAAUGCUGGUUAUGUCAACAGUGUACUCUUCAAUUCUUAUAAGGAGGAAGAGAAAGUGAUCGACAUUAACUACAGGGGUGUUCUGACCAUGCAGGAACUGAUAUACCCUAUGGUAAGAAAUAAUGGUAGAAUAUUAAAUGUAUCCAGUGACUGUGGACACCUGUCCAACAUCAGAAACAAAUACUGGAUAGACAGGCUAUCGAAAAAGGAUUUAAAAAUAUCUGACAUAAACGAAUUCGUUGACUGGUAUCUCGAUUCCAAGAAGAGCGGUAGUUUUAACCCAGAUGAUUUAGUUGAUAAAGGUAGUAUAGCUGCCUAUAGAGUAUCAAAAGUGGCCUUGUGUGCACUAACAAUGAUACAGCAAAAGGAUUUAGAGUUUAAGAACAUCAGCGUAAAUUCUGUUCAUCCAGGCUUCGUUAGAACUGAUAUGACUAUGAAACUUGGAUUCUUGUCCACUGAUGAGGCAGCCAAAACUCCAGUGUAUUUGGUUUUAGAGGCACCUGAGUCUCUGCGAGGUGCCUACGUGUGGCACGAUGGAACGGUUUUAGAUUGGUUCGAUCACACAGCAAAUGUUUACUUCACGACAAAAUUUGCUAGGAGUUGGGUACUGAGCAGUGUUAUUGUCAAUAUAAAAGAGUAUAUUUUUAUGUGGAUAAAUUAUAUUUUAGAAAAAGUAAGGCUACCUAUAACAAAUAAAACUUUGUAA